AUAUCACCAUGGCAACAGGGGAAAACUGAAGUUUUCUUCGGUGUUGAUUAUUUUAACAACGAUUGUAGUUUCUAAAAAGGAGAUACUUCUCUCGGAAUUGCUUAUGAGGUGACAUCUAUUCAUCAGAGGCAAUGUCAGAUAUUUUAUGCUCGUGGCUGAACCGUCAACUAAGGCUCUCUGAAACCGUCGACCCGAGGAACUUUUCCAAGGAUUUCGCUAAUGGCUACCUGUUGGGAGAGAUACUUAAUAAAUAUCAGAAGCAGGAGGAUUUCAAUAUGUUUCUGAAAAGCGAUACCUUCGACGCCAAAACCAAUAACUUUUCACGGCUUGAGCCAACUUUUAAGCUUCUGGGGGUCAGCUUCAAUAAGAGCACAGCCCAAGAUCUGAUCCAGGAGAAGCACGGUGUCGCCAUAAACCUUCUUUACCAGCUCUACGUCGCAUUAGAAGAGAACAAGCCUCCAGGAACCAACCAAGUGUUGAAGCUGCCCUCCCUGCAGAAAAAGGAGUCUGAAGUAAAGUCCUAUCAACGUCCUCAGGGUCUUCCGGAAAUUACUCAGGAUAAUGAAUGUAAAGACCACCAACUGAAUGAUUUGUCGAAGGCGAGCCUACCCAUUCAGCAAAAGAAGCUACCCAAAAUCCAAGAUGAGAGAAAACUGGAAAAGAUCGAAAAGGUUGGUCAUCAGAAGUUCAGUGACUUGAUUGUGACCAAUACGAAGCUGCUAAAGCCACUGCACUCCAGUUUAGAUCUCAGGAAAAGGAGGAAGCAGGAGGAACUUAAACAAAAAGAAGUCAAGAUGGUCCAGGCUGAAAUAGCCAAGUUUGAGGAGAAACAGCACAAACUUUCCAGCUCGAGUUAUGUGGCUAUGUCAAGCCCCAGUGACCAAUCCAUUCCUGUGGACUCUUUCCUUGGUCCCGUCAUAGAGGACACCGAAGUCCCUUCAGAUAAACCAGACAAAGUGACAUUACAAUCCAAUACCAAGUAUAUACAAGGAAUCCGGCAGCAGAUGAAGGAGAAUGCUGUGGCUCGAGAGGAGAGACAAAAAAGAGUUGACAGAUUUCUAAUGGAGCAGUUUAAAGAGCGUGAAUCUCAGCAGGAGGCGCAGCUUGAAGAACAAAUGGUGCGUCGUCUGACUCGUCAGACGCAGCAGGAGCAGCGUUUGGCUGAACAACUGAUGCAGAUACGGAGGCAGAAAGAAGUGAUUUUGGAGAAUCGCCUGUUCAGAGAGCAGCAGUACAAGCGUCAGAGAGAAAAGGAUUUUAAAGAAGCUCUGGACAAGGAGGCGGUUCUGGCUGAGCAUGCCAGAUUGGCUCGAGCAGAAGAGAUCGAAAAGGAGAUUGAAUUUUGCAAGAUGGUAGCUGCAGAGCGUGCUCACGAAAGACACGUAAAACACUAUGGCCUCUGCUCAGACACUUUGGGACAGAUAGUGGACAUGGCAACCACAGUUGGAGAAUAUCGCCAAAUCACAGAGAAUCUUGUUCCAGAGAAGAAGUAUAAAGAGUGGAAGGAACUGUUCAUUCGGGGUGUUCCCUUCUACGAGUCACAAAAAGAAAUUGAGCCAGAGAUUGCAUUCUUGGCAGCAUUAAGCCCCCCAGAGCUUAAGAAAGAGGAGGUACUCAACAACCUGGAUUAUGAUGAAUACACUAAUAUGGUUGGUGUGUGGACGUGGUCAAAGGAUAAAGAAGAAAUAAAGUUACCACCGAGCACCAACGACAUUCUCGCAUAUGCUAUCCAUCGAAUUAAAAAUAUUGCUCAUCCAACUGUUGGGGAACCGGCCACGGCCGUUCCUCUAUUUUCUAUUAAGUCCUGCAUCCAGGACAAGGUUUGCCAGUGCAAGAGCAAAUGCCUGGCCAAGAUUGCUGAAGGUUUAAAAUCUUUAAAGAAAAAAGAUUUUCGUAUCAAGGCAUGCGUCAUGGGCAAGGCUACUGCAGGCAAGACCACAUCUCUGGCCAAGUUUGCUGAAGCACAUGGCGUCACUGUGUUGUCGCCUGAAACACUGAUUGAAGAGGCGCUGAGGUCUGUUAGAGAAGCAGAGAAGGCUACAGAUCAGCCGGAAGAGAAGGAGAGCGAGCAGCUUCCUAAAUCCCCCACACAGGUUCAGCCAGAAAGCAAACCAGAAGAAAAAAAAGAUUGUAGUAACAAAAUGGCCUCCAUUGCAGCGUCAGUAGAAAGGGAGCUGAGGAAAGGAAAUGCCAUUCCAAAUGAGCUGAUAGUGGAUAGUUUAGUUGAAGCAAUCAGUCAGGUUCCAGCUCACUCAGGUUGGAUCCUGGAUGGCUUUCCAAGUAACAUCACUCAAGCUCAAUUGCUGGAGAAAGCUUUGGGUGGGUUUGUGGAAGAAGAACAUGGCCCCGAACUCAACACAUUUGAACUUGUUCCUAAUCCAGAGCAGCUCAAACCACCAAUAUCUAUUCCUCCUGUGAUGGACUUGGCUGUGCUACUGGAUAUACCUGAUGAGUCUGUGGUUAAAAGGGCAACCAAAGAUAAAGUAUCUACAGAUGCUGAUGCUGCUGAUGCUUCUUUUGCUGUUGAUGUUGCUUAUGCUGCUGAUACUGCUGUUGCCGUAACACCCUCCCAACCAGCAGAUACCACCAGGUGUUCUCCACACAUUAUACACAGGCUUGCCGCUUUUCGGGAAACCUGGCCAAAGCUAGAAAAGUGGUAUGGUGAAAAGCAAAACAUUUUGGUUAAAGUCGCCGCUGAUGUAGAAGAGGGGGAACUUUAUAUCAAAGUGGAGUCUGCCCUGUGUGAGGUUCUGAGAGAGCAAUAUGAAGAAAUUCCUGUCGAAGAGGAAAUCCCAAAAGGUGUGGAAACAAGAAGGGGUUCUAAAGCCGGUAGGAGGGGAAGAGACUCCGUUGCUGGGCUUCAUGGUGAAGAUGGUAUGUUAGAUUACAUACCAAGGAGGAGGUCCAGCUCCAUCGUUAAGGCAAAGCAAGUUGCCGUUGAUCUUCUUGCUGAAGAAGUGUUGUCGGAGGGCUCCAAACCUCAGGAAAAAAGGACUUCUAUAAGGCCCGCCUCCAGCCUCAAGAAGGCAAAAGACACAAGAUUUUCUGACACUGUGGUAACGUCCACUGGGUCUGUUGACCCACUCAAUGACAAUAUCCAACCACCAGGAUCAUUCGCAACAAAUCCGCUCUACGUAAACGAAGCUCUGGCUCCACAAGUACCUGAAUACCUGUGUUCACACUGGAAAGAUGUCUGUCAGUCUUAUGUAAACAGCAUAAGGCAUAUAAUGCAGCAGCUGCGUUUACAGCUCACUCUUAUUGAUCGCCACCUUUUCAAUAUCAGAGAAAGAUACAACCACUUUUUGACUUGCCCUGACUUGAAGCAGGAGUUAGUUUCUCAGUGGCAGAAGGUGUUCAACAGCGUACCAGAUGACAUGAGAGAAGAUGAGGAGACCAAAGCAGAGCUUCAUCUGAGGCUGGAUGAGCUGCAGGAACGCCUGUGGGACAUUACCGACAAGCGUAAAGAAGAAGACGAGCAGGAGAGGGCGGCCUUCAUGUAUGAUGGAUGGGUGGAGGAGCAAUCAGGGUUGCUCAUCAACCACUACUCUAUGAUAAUACAGACAGAAAUGAACCGUUUCCGUGAAACUCUCUAUACCUUGGCGGUCUACUACUGGGGCAUGCAGAAACAAAUACCGCUUAGGACAUCUCCCAAAGAUUUCAGAAUCAGACUGAUGAAAGAAACUGGAACUGAAAAUCAGGACAGUGAUCAAGUUAUUACGGAGCCAUUGAGCAGUAUUGUGAAGGACCAGACAAGUGAUAAAAAACUACCCCCUGAGUCCACGAAGUCUUCCUCUAAGAUAUUAGACAAUUUAUUUAAGGGGAAACUUAUAAGUGACUACGAAGAGGCUCUUCAAGCAAUUCAAACUAUCAAGGAUUUGGUGUCAAUAGAAUCCCAGCUGAAAGAGGCAGAAGUGCCAGAAGAGAUUGUAGAAGAAAAAGAGAUCGUAACAAAGAAGACAAGUCCAAAAAGUUCUAAAAAGGAAAAGCAAAAAAAGCAAGCAGCAUUACCUCCACCAGUAGUGGAGAUUCCAACCCCAAAACCUCCAGAAAAAACUCAAGAACAAGAACUUAGAGAGAAAAUAUGUAAAGAAUUUGCAGCUGCUGUGAGUCAUGAGGAAAAUUCAAUAAAGAUUCGUCUUGAGCUGGUCAAAGAUUGUGGCCUGACAAUGCUCAACAACCUGGAAAGCAUAGUGCAUGAGACUUUUGGCAAACUGGAGAAGCAGUUUGAAUCAUGCUAUCUGUCCGAAAUGAAGUGUAUCGAUCAACUUGGAGAAGUGGUUCGCUACCACAUAGAGGCUUCGAGUAAGCUGCAGUACGAGCUGGUGAUGGAAGACCGUGAGUUCUAUUUGAAUGGAGAUUGUCUGUUGGUUUCGGGUGUGGUUCUCCCACCGCGUCCCCCUUCCGUGGAGAAAUCAAAUCGGUCCAUACUGACGGUUGCUCAGUUGGAAUCACUCUUCAAUCAUCUGAUCAACAUAGCUCCAUCAGGCUUUAUGUCCAGUUCUGACUUCUUUUACUUUUUCCAAGAUUUGGUCUCUAACAGCACAGGCAGGAGCAUUGUGCCCGAGGCCUGGACAGAUAUGAUUGAAAUUCAGCUGUUAGAGAUUAAUUCUUUGCUAACUGAUGAAUAUGAGCUGGUAGACUGGCGACGCUUUAUGCUCAGCGCUACUCUCCCGUGGCCGCUUCCCUCUCUGUCACAGCUGCUGUAUUUGUUGAAACAAUUUAAGGAAGCAGAUUCUAAAGACACCGGAUUUAUAAACGAGGAACAGUACCUAAAGGUAGAGUUGUGGUUUUCUGGUCAGAGUGUCCAGAAAGUUCCUGAGGAUCCUUUAGAGCCUCUCCCCUAUGACCGUUCAGCAAACCUGCAGAAGUUCUUUUUCCACUUGUUUGCAGACCAUUCCUCCUCUCCUCCUCUGCUGGAUUAUGUGUCCAUGCUGCAGUACUUUGCAGCCAACCCAAUCCCCAAACAGGGUUUUAUAAGAGCACUUAGUGUAGUGUUGGGGAAACAUCUCCAGCAGCCAUUACUGAGCCUUCUCGUAAAUUCUCUACCUGGCACGGAAGAAACCACGGAGCCCACAUCCUUCAAGUUCACUGAAGACUACAAAGAGGAGGAUGUUCUGUUUUCAUCUUGCAGUUUUUUUAAGGACGAGGAAGUUCCCAUUUCUGCUCUGCUUAGCGUCAUCUGCCACAAACUCACCAAGAUGUGGGGCAUUACCCUUCCUCAAGGGAGCAUGACUUACGAACAACACAGACAGAAUCUUGAGAGUGUGUACAUUGAGCUGGGAUACGCGUGCAAUGAAUCAGUCCCAUUCUCUGUUAUUUCUAAGCAUCCAUACACCCAAAUGCUGAUGGAGACUUCAACAAACUUCCAGCUCAUUAAUAUUCCGAAUUCUACUGUCCCACCAGGAUGAAAAGGAAUUUAAACCGUUUUUGUUUAAUGUUUUCUUUGUUGUUAAAUAAAUAGAAAGUGAAACCAUA